AUGGAUCCUUUGUCCGACCCACCUGUUCCUAGCGACACGAGAGGACGAAAAAGCGAUGAAGAGGAGCCUGGAACCGCUGGAUUUAACUGCACUAGCCCAACUACAGCUCACGAUAUGCCAUUUGGAGGGUACAAGUGCAGUGGACUCGGCCGGGAGGGAUGGGUUGUCAGCUUUAAAAACGUCCUUAAGGGAAAGCCCAUUGUUGAAAAGGUUGACAUGGCCUGA